UGCAAUUUGCACUCAAAAAGUAUAAGUACGAAGUUACAAAUCUCUGUUUCACCAUUCAAGAAUCAGAAAAUCAAUCAAUCAAAUCUACUAUAAUGGCUGAAUGGUCUCAACUACCAAGAGAACUCAUAGACCUCAUAUCCAAACACCUCUUGACAGAAAUCGAUUUCCUCCGUUUCCGUUCCGUUUGUUCUUCAUGGCGUUCUUCCGUUCCUCCUAAACCUUACCUUUCUUCCCCUUCCCGUUUUCCCAUUCUCCCUAAUGAUGGUAUUAGUAUCACUGAAAAUAGUUGGGGUUUUAGACUCUCAAAAUCACCCCUUUACCUUCUCCAUUCACCUAAUCAAACAACAUCAUCUAAUAAGAACAACCAUGGUUGGAUUGUCAAACUUGAUCGUGAAAAUUUACUUAAUCCUCUUUCUAGAUCUCAAUUUAAACCCCUUCCUUUGAAUUUCCCCAAGAUUCUUGAUUCCUCGAACUACCCAAUUCUUGAAUUGUGUCAAGAAUAUACUCUUCAGUUUAUUAAGUAUAGACCUAUGGCUAAUUCGAUUGCUGAUGCUGGGAAUCUUUACAUGGAAAAAGUUGCUGUUCGUUUGGAAAAAGAUGGGUUUGUGUUGUUGACAAUUCAUGUUUCUGGGAAAUUGGUAAUGUAUAGAUCUGGUGAUAUAAAGUGGGAAAUUGUUGAUGAGUUAUCUUUGCCUUAUGAUGAUGUUAUUAUGAAAGAUGGAAACUUUUAUGCUGUUGAUAAUACUGGUAAGGGAGUUCUUGUUAAAUUGAGCUGUGGGGAAACUCCAGAAUUAGAAGUUGUUGCUAAUUCUGUGUUUGGGGGUGAUAAAAAGUUUCUUAUGGAAUCUUGUGGGGAUUUGUUGAUGGUUGAUAAGUAUUUGAGUAUUGGACCUGAAGAUGAUCUUGGAUACAAUGAGAAUGUUGAGUUUUAUGAGGAAUUUGACAGUUACAUGAGUGAAAGGACGGUUAAGUUUAAAGUUUAUAAAUUGGAUGGAGAUAUGCAGAGGUGGGUUGAGGUAACUAAGUUGGAAGAUAGGAUGUUGUUUGUGGGGGAUAAUUGUACGUUUUCCGUGUUGGUUUCCGAGCUUGAUUCUAGGUGUAAAGGGAACUGUAUACUUUUCGCGGAUCAGAAUUUUUGUAGCACGGAAGAUAGUGGAGGAUUGUGGAAGAAUCACGGGAUAGGUGUGUUUAGUUUGGAAAAUGGAAGCAUUGGUCCUGUAAGCAGUUUCCGAGGCUAUGCUGAGUUGUUUUGGCCUCCUCCUCCUUGGAUUUGUUCGCCUCAGCCCAUUGAUGCUGAGCUGAAUGAGCUGAAAAUCUAACUCUCGUGGAGCUUAAUGGAGAUAAAAAGAAACAAGGAGCUAGUCAAAGCUGAUGAUAUGCUGGACUACUUGAAAUUGUACAUAUGGUUUUCUUCGGAAUUUCACAUUUAUUUCAAGAUUUAACCCCCAUAACGACGUGCUUGUGAGGCACUGACUUGCACUAAUAAAUUAAUAAGUUGACAUGUUGGUAUUAUGGUAAAGAAUCAAGGAUCUUCAUUUGUUUUUAACUCAAUGGGGUUUGCUUCAAUUCCACCUUUCUUAUUUUAAGUACAGUGCAUAUGCUUACCAGUUAUUGGAUGGAGGAUUGUGCAAUUCUGCUAAAUUAGGAUAUUUAUGUUAGUUCCCUCUGAUCAUUUGAUUGUUACAUAUGAGUAAAUUUUAAGAUUCAUGAAAUGCAAGUGCAUUGAGUUCUAAGA